AAUACGGUUGGCAUUGGAACUCGAUCCAAACAGCAGCGAAGCCAACCAGGGCGAAGGACUUUGGGGCGUUUGUCUAGCAUGUCCUGUGCUGUGCCAAGUGCAGUGUCAAAAGUCAGGCGAAGGAUAAUGGCCCAGAGCCAAGACUGACAUGAAAAAUGCCCCCGACACUUGCCAGACAAAUUCAAAGAGAAAAAUUGAAUUCUUAGACAUUUCUCGUUUGCCUUACAGUAUGCAACAGUUUUGGCCUCACCAAGUUUUAUAUUCAGUUGACUUUUCUUUUAAAUUCAAAUAAAUUUACAAACUCGUACUAGAUCUGAUCACAUUACUACUCCAACAAAUCACCUUGACAGGCACGCUUCCCAGCAUGCUCCAGUCACCGUCUCACCAGACAUGCCAGCGCAUCCUGUCCUUCAUUGCUAGGAUCAUCUCCAGGCAGCUGAACCAGAUGAGCCAGCACCGAAGGACGUCCCUUGCCCGUGCAGCCCUUGACCAGUUCAAGCCCCAGGAACUAUGCCAGCGUCAAGCCUUCAUCCCUCUGAAGGCGACACCCGGCUUGAUGGCCAUGCAGCGGAGUCAAGUUCGGUUCGGAGAGGAUUACCGCAUCUAUCAGCAGAACAUCGAUCUGGACUCCUUCUUCCGAGAGGAGCUAAAGUAUGACAAAGUUUCGGAUGUCUGCCUGCUCAACGAUCACUUCAUACUGGUGAAGAUGCCCCAGUUCCAGUUCCAGCAGCCCGUAAAGGCACCAACAACACAAUCGCCUCCCCAGACGAAAUCGAAGCUGCCGCGUUGCUUCAAAUGCAGUCGUAGCAGUCGCGUCUCGCCCAUUCUGGAGGAGUUGGAGGAGAAGCGUCCUCAAAAGAGCUGCCUGAAACCCUGGGCCAGCAGGGACAUGGAUGAAGUUGAAGUUUUUGAUUCCACCACGACCAUAACAACCAUCCCAAGUGAGGCCAGCAGGAACGGCCUAGACGAUAUUGAGACCUUCGAAUCCAGCACCACAAUAACAUUUCCACGUAAUAGUUCUGUUCGUGCUCCUCCUGAAUCUGUGAUAGUAGAGCAGCCACAUCUGCAGCCGCAUCCGCAGCCUCCUCCAAUCCCUGCUCUUCUGCAGCUGGAAGCGAUUCAUCCAGCAGCAUCAGCCCCAGUCGUCCAGACGCCUCUUCUUAGCCGCGCUCCAAUCCAUUGGUUUCUGUGGCCCUUCCGGCGACGGCUCCACUCCAGACCCAAGUCCAAGCCCCCGCUGGCCGCCGUUCAUAAGACGUACUUUGUGCGCUGGAGCAAACCCCCGGACACCAUCUGGCAGGGCUACGGCGUGGACAGAGGCGAGAAGGAGCAUAAGAUGGGUCUGCGGCGCUGUCGCUCGGCAGUUUUCUGAGCGAAUCAAUCAUCAGAUAAAGAUAAAGAUAAGAUAUAUUUUUAAAGAUUACUUUGUUAAGGGUCCAGUAAUUUUCUUCUUAAAGAGCUCAGUUAUAAUUUUG